AUGACUAUUUGUAAGAGUUUGGGUCUUCCAAAUUUUCAUAUCUUAGAACCAAUUGGUUUUGCUGGGGGUAUUUGGUUGUUGUGGAAUGGUGAAGAGAUCCAUUGUGAUGCCAUUUCGGUCAUGCAGCAGGAAAUCCACGCAUGUAUCCAGGUACUCUCCUCACCUACUGCAUGGUUGCUUUCAGCUAUUUAUGCUAGCCCCUGUUUCAAUACUAGAAAAAUUCUUUGGGAUAAUCUUAAAAAUUUUGCUGAUGCUCAUAAUUUGCCUUGGCUUUUAAUGAGAGAUUUCAAUGAGAUUUUGACUAGUACAGAGAAAUUUGGAGGACAACCCAUUAAUCAUCGUAGAGCCAUGUUAUUUAAGGACUGUCUCGACCAUUGUGGGCUGAUUGACAUGGGUUUUUCUGGCCCACGCUUCACUUGGAAUAACCAAAGACAAGUCGGCAGCUUUAUCGGUGAAAGACUGGAUCGAUGUUUUUGUAAUGGAGCUUGGGCCCAACUCUUCCCAGAUAAUAAAGUUUUACACUUGCCCAAACUCCACUCGGAUCAUUGCCCCAUCCUUUUGCAUACCCACUCUAUCCUUCCCUCUAGGACUGCUCGUCCCUUUCGUUUUGAAAUUAUCUGGUUGUCGGAUCCGUCUCUUUCUACCGUUGUGUUUGACAGUUGGUCCAAUGCCAACUUCACUCAAGGGGCUAAGGUUUUUGUAGACAAAGUUUCUGUUUAG